UCACAACAAACAACAGCUACAAAGCACAAGUAAUUUCAAACAACCGGCCGUAUUUUUAUCGAUCAUACCAUUACGAUCACAACCAUGCCAUCCCAAUCCGCUCCCACUAGAUUGGCAUCGUUUCUGACGCUCCUUCCUCUCCUUUCCUUCGGUGUUGCAGCAUCAGGAGAAUGCCAGAACGAAAAUGAACAACCAUUGGAAUUCCGAUUUUUUACGGACAACAACUCGUGGAAAGACAACGGCUGGACCCUAGAGUGCACUGAACAUGGGGAGGGCUCCUCCCCAAAGCUCCUCUGGCAGACCCCCAUUGGAUCUCUCGAGCAACAAGAGAGCACAGAGGUCAUCCGCCAAUCGGCCUGCGUUCCCAACUCUUCCACAUGUACCUUGCACAUCUACGAUGCCAGCGGAAAUGGGCUUACGGGAGGUAACAGCGACAAUGACUUUACCGGUUGGUUUGCUUUCUUGCAYGGCGCGACUACCGUUGGAACCUACAAGAACCUCGAAAAUCCGUCCUUUUCUGAGUUGACCUAUUGUGUUGGGCCAAAGUGCGACAAGGCGCCCCAAGAGAAACAGAUCAACGACGAGGAUUGCCAAGACGUUGUUUACCUGGCCAUGCAGCUUGACAACAAACCACAGGACACCACCUACCAGCUGGUAUGCGGAAGUGAUGAAACCGUGGUGUGGAAUGGCUCUGGCUUCACCGAAGCUGGUGCAUAUGUCGAGGAAGAAACCUGCCUCCCAAAGGAUGUCUGCUGUCGUUUCGUCGUCACCGACGAGGACACCCAGGGACUUACCUCUUCGAUCGACACCAGCGAUCCCUCACUGUCCGACGGUACCAAAGCCGAAGGAUUUAUCUAUCUCGAGCGCAACUUUGUGCCUCUUCUCGAAUACGAUGGAUCGACCGGAACUGAAUUCAAGAUUCUAUCCAAGACAUUUGGAAGCUGCAGUUCCGAGAAGACCAGCAUUCUCGACCAAGAAGAAUCAGUGGAACAAAAUACCGAGGAAUUCAUCAAACAAAAACCCAACGAUAUCCCCGUUGUUCCUUCAGAUGAAGAUGCAGAUGGCAAAGAGCAAGGCGGAGACAGCACCACAUUGGGUAACCCCACCAAGAUUGCUGAGGAAGACAUCAACGAGCACACUGGGGAGAGAGAAAGUAGCGACGGCGAGUCCUCUAUCGAGCAAUACCUAAACCAAUUUUACAAGGAGAAAGAACAACACACUCAGGAGGAAGCCACCCAAAAAGUAGACAACCAAGAUAAGGAUGUUACUGCAGCCGAAGAAUACCUCACCGAAUUCUUUGCCGAACGGGUGAAGUCAGAUGAAGAGACCCAACCACCGCAACAGGAACCACAGCAAAAGGAGCAGGUUACCGCCCCAGAAGAUGCCAGCAGCGAUGUGGACAGCGCUGAUGCGUUUGUCGACUACGAGAACUUUCAGUACGAGCCUUUCACGGACGAUUCAUUAGUGAGCAACGACUAUGGCGACGACUUUACAGACGACCUCUUYGACGAUCAACUCUUUACAGACGACGUCGAAAUCUGGAACACUGAACCACCUACUAAAGGUCGCAACCCAUGGGAUCUCUACGAUGACGUCCUCAAGGAUGACGACCAAAGUUGGGCCGAAGUAGACGACAUCGAGGAAGAUCUCGCUUGGACAAAGGAGCAAUUGUCGGAACUCGAAAAGCUGGUGCACAAAGCCGAUGAGUCCCUACCCAUUCAACAAGAAGACGAAGGAUUGAGCUUGGGAGCCAAGAUUGGAGUCGGCGUCGCCAUUCCUCUCCUCAUCCUUUGGUCGGUCGCCCUCGUCCUGUAUUUCUUCCGAGAGCGCCUGAUGGAACGAUUCGGUGAAACCACGGAUGACGAGGUCCUCGAAAAGGCAAGCACAGGCAGCGAAGAUACCUACAGUCAGGACGACAUCCGAAGCGUUUCGUCCCUGGGGGAAGCCGUUUAAUAGCGACAUUCGACGAGAACAACAAUAACUGCACAACCAGAUC